CAUAUGCUCCUUGAAAUUCUCCAUAUAUGUGAACGAAUCGCGAAGGAGUAUUUAAUAAAUUUCACAUAUGAGCCAUACAUCCAUUUCCAUCACUGGCUGAAUAACACCUAAGCCAUAUAUCGUCACCGCCUCUCUCUCUUCCUCUCCUAUAUAUCUCUCCCCUCAAAUCUCUCUCUUCUCCCUGUGUGUUCUAUUUUAACCCCUAAAUCUUUUUCUCUCGUUCUAUUGACCCUCCAUUGAAACCACAGAUUCUUAUGGUAUCCCUUUGAUCUCUCUCUCUCCCUCCCACAUUUUCCUUUCCAACCAAAGCCCCUUCCGCACAUCGAUCUCUCUCUCUCUCUCUCUUCUCCUUCCACACAUUUCUGUUCGGAAUUUUUCAGAGGAACGCCGAGUUUCUGUGUCAGGUUAUUGUUAGAGGCGGUUUGUUUUGUGAUCAGUUGUUUGGAUCUAUUGAAAAUGAAGCCGAGGAUUUGUGAGUUGUGUAGCCAGGAGGCGUACCUGUAUUGUGCCUCGGAUUCUGCGUUUCUCUGCUGGAAAUGUGACGCUAAGGUUCAUGAUGCCAAUUUCUUAGUUGCUCGCCAUAUCCGGGAGGUUCUGUGUUGCGAUUGCAAGUGUUUCGCAGGAAGACAGGUUUCCGGAAGCGUAGUGCCGCUUGAAACUAUGUCCUGUCGGAAUUGUUCGCCGGAGAAGCACUCCGAUGAGGAGGAUUGCCUGUCUUCGUCUUCCAUGUCGGCUUGCGUGUCAAGCACGGAGUCCUGUGCUACAGGUCCGAAGAAGAUUCGUCAUCGGACGGAGACAGUGGCGUCGUCCGGUUCCGUCGCGGAUGAGAGGUGCCCGGCGGAAGGGAAGAAGAAGAAUCCUGGGCGGUGCGCGGCGGAGGAGGUAUUCGUGAAUUGGAGCAGAAAGUUAGGGUUAAAUGGCAAUUGCGUGGCGUCCUUGGCGUCGCAGGCGAUGGGGAAACUAAUGGCGGCGGUUCCGUUCAGAGUGGCGGUGGCGACGUCGUUUUGGUUCGGCCUGAGAUAUUGUGGCGACGGGCAGUUACGCACGGCUCAGAAUUUGAGAAAGUUGGAGGAAAUGUCGAAAGUGCCAGGCAAGGUGAUCGUGGCGGCCGAGGAGAAGCUGACACGUGUCCUCAGACCCAAAAAAGCUAGGCGCGAAUUCGAGGAAGGAUGGGCCGAGUGCUAACCCUUCCUUGAAAUCAACUUAUUAAUAUUCUCUCUGGUUUUUUUUUCCUUAUCAUAUCAUUAAAAAAAAAGAGAUUUGCAAAAACGGAUCACUAUUAAGCCUUUGAUCUCUGAGUUUCUGUCCCUUUUGUUGUUUGAUCUUAGUAAAAUUAGUUCUGUUCUGUUCUAGGACAAUCAACUUAUUUAGUUUGAGAAAGUUGAAUUUAAAUUGUAGCUUAUUAUAUCAAACAAAUUAAAUUCGCGCUAUAUAGGCUUUUGAAUAUCAAAUUCAGCUAAUUUGAAUUGA